ACAAUGGCACUUUUUCAGCGGCCGACGAACGACAACCCACAUUGGCGGUUUGUGAUAUUGCUGCUGUUGUUGUUGAAGCGAGUAAAGGGUGCUGAAGAUGACUAUCGUCAGGUCAGCAUUAUCCCGUUCAGCGGGGCGACGCCUUGGUGCUCGCUACAUGUCGGCAGAUCCAAAAGUGCUGGCUGGAAGUGGAGUCUUUCAAGGAUUGACAGAUCAAGACCGCAUCUUUACCAACCUGUACGGAGAACAGGAUUGGAGGUUGAAAGAUGCUCUGAAGCGAGGUGAUUAUGACAUGACCAAGGAAAUCAUGUGGAUGGGCCCUGAUUGGAUUGUCCAAGAAAUCAAGGAUUCCGGACUUCGUGGACGAGGUGGAGCUGGAUUCCCUUCUGGUCUCAAGUGGAGUUUCAUGCCCAAGGAGACGGAUGGCCGUCCUUCUUUUCUUGUCGUAAAUGCCGAUGAAAGUGAACCCGGGACCUGCAAGGAUCGAGAAAUUAUGCGUAAGGAUCCACACAAAUUGGUGGAAGGCUGCCUCAUUGCCGGAUUUGCAAUGCGUGCUCGAGCCGCGUACAUUUACAUUCGUGGUGAAUAUUUCAAUGAAGCCGUCGUCUUGGAUGAAGCCAUCCACGAGGCAUAUUCGGCUGGGUUGAUCGGAAAGAAUGCCUGCGGAUCGGGAUAUGAUUUCGAUAUUUAUUUACACCGUGGUGCCGGUGCCUACAUUUGCGGAGAAGAAACUGCUCUCAUUGAGAGUUUGGAAGGAAAACAGGGAAAACCACGGCUAAAGCCUCCGUUCCCAGCCGGUGUCGGAGUUUUCGGUUGCCCUUCCACCGUCACCAAUGUAGAGACCAUCGCUGUGGCUCCGACUAUUUUGCGCCGUGGAGCGUCUUGGUUUGCUUCUUUUGGAAAUGAAAACAAUCGAGGCACCAAAUUGUUUGCCAUUUCGGGCCAUGUCAAGAACCCAAUGGUCGUCGAAGAAUCCAUGUCGAUUCCUCUUCAGGAGCUUAUCGAAAAACACUGCAAAGGUAUGCGCAACGGAUGGGAUUCUCUACAGGCUUGCAUCCCCGGUGGUUCCUCUGUCCCAGUCUUGAACAAGGCGCUUUGCGAUGAAGCAUUGAUGGAAUUUGACGAUUUGAGAGCCAAAGGAUCUGGUUUGGGAACCGCAGCCGUGACCAUGUUUGACAAUACCGUCGACAUGGUCGGUGCCAUUCGCAGACUUUCGCAUUUCUACAAGCACGAGUCUUGUGGACAGUGCACUCCCUGUCGUGAAGGUACUGGUUGGUUAGAAGAUAUCCUCAUUCGCAUGGAAAAGGGAGAUGCCGACAAGAGAGAGAUUCCCAUGUUGGAAGAGAUUUCGCGUCAAAUCGAGGGCCACACGAUCUGCGCCCUUGGUGAUGCAGCUGCCUGGCCUGUGCAAGGCCUUGUCCGUCACUUCAAGAAAGAUAUCGAGGAUCGCAUUGAUGAUCCCGAAGGCUUUGACUUUGAAGCUGCAUUCCAAAAGUCCUGGAGUGGCGACCCAUUCGCCAACGAUGCCUGGGUGAAGGAACACGGAGCAGGAAGGACCUACGCCGCCUAAGAUUCAAUCGAUUCGAUUCAUGUAGUUUCACCUCUUCCUUCUAAAUAAAUUAGCUUAUUUGGUGUUC